AUGUCGUGGAAAUUAACUAAAAAACUUAAGGAAACGCAUCUGGCGCCCCUUGCAAACACUUUCAGCCGGUCCUCUACGGCUUCUUCUCCUAAGGCAGAACCUUCCGCCGACGAGGGAGCUCCUCUCAGCAAGACUCCGACUGCAUCGUCUUCCACAAGUUCCAUAGCUGCUUCCGAGGCAACCGCCAACCCACCUACAGACUCGUUGAAGCCCGGUAUCCUGAUUGUGACCCUCCAUGAAGGAAAGGGGUUCUCCCUAUCUCCUCAUUAUGAACAAGUUUUCAAUUCCCAUUAUCAAAGCUCGAGUGGCUCAUACUCUGCUUCGAUGAGGCCAAGCUCCUCUUCUCAUGCAUCACACAUCCCGAACUCCUUUGCCCAUCCCAUAAGGCCACAAUCCACAAGUGGCGGAAUCAACGCGGCUCCAACAAACCAUGGAAGAUACUCUACAAAACAUUUGCCGUACGCCCUCCUGGACUUUGAUAAACUUCAGGUUUUCGUUGAUUCUGUCUCAGGCACCCCAGAAAAUCCACUGUGGGCCGGUGACAAUACUUCUUUCAAAUUCGAUGUUUCUCGGGUCACCGAUUUAAAUGUCCAAGUCUAUAUCCGAAACCCUGCCGCACGCCCUGGAAGUGGGCGCAGCGAUGAUAUCUUCCUCGGGGCCUGCAAAAUCAACCCUCGUUUUGAAGAGCCUCGUCGAUUUGUCGAAGAUCCGAAAGCCAGCAAAAAGGAGCGCGAAAAGGCUGCAGCAGCUUUUGCCCAAAAAGAGAAGCAACUUGGCCAGCUUGGGUCGGAGUGGAUUGACCUGCAGUUUGGCACCGGAAGCAUAAAAAUUGGCGUUUCAUUCGUGGAAAACCGUCAGCGUAGUCUGACUAUGGCUGACUUCGAACUCCUGAAAGUUGUUGGGAAAGGCAGUUUCGGCAAAGUUAUGCAAGUCAUGAAACGAGACACUGGACGGAUAUAUGCUAUGAAGACCAUUCGAAAGGCCCACAUCAUCUCUCGCUCCGAAGUGGAACAUACCCUGGCCGAAAGAUCUGUAUUAUCACAGAUUAGCAAUCCGUUCAUUGUCCCACUAAAGUUCUCUUUCCAAUCGCCCGAAAAACUAUACUUAGUUCUGGCAUUUGUGAAUGGUGGUGAACUUUUCCAUCAUCUUCAGCGUGAACAACGGUUCGAUAUCAAUAGGGCUCGGUUCUACACAGCUGAACUCCUUUGCGCUCUAGAAUGCUUGCACGGAUUUAAAGUGAUCUACAGAGAUCUAAAACCCGAAAAUAUCCUUUUAGAUUAUUCCGGUCACAUUGCGCUGUGUGACUUCGGCCUUUGCAAACUUGGCAUGAAAGAUGAAGAUCGCACAAACAGUAUGUACCAGAAACCCGAACCUUUUUGUUUGUCUCCUUUUGCAUUUGUUAACGGGAAUCUCUCCCUUGUAGCUUUCUGUGGAACUCCUGAAUAUCUUGCUCCAGAGCUACUCCUUGGCCAUGGAUAUACGAAGGCCGUUGACUGGUGGACUUUGGGAGUUCUUCUUUACGAGAUGUUAACAGGCCUUCCUCCAUUCUACGACGAGGAUACAAAUGAAAUGUAUCGGAAAAUCUUACAUGACCCUCUUACCUUCCCAGGCCCAGAGAUUGUUCCAGGAGCUGCGAGAGACCUUCUAUCUCGCCUUCUUGACCGAGAUCCUCACCGUCGGCUGGGAGCCAACGGUGCUGGAGAAAUCAAAGGCCAUCACUUCUUCGCUAAUAUCGACUGGCGCAAAUUGUUGCAGCGUAAAUACGAGCCUAGCUUCCGGCCUAACGUGGCGGAUGCCCGUGACACUGCAAAUUUUGAUGUUGAGUUUACCUCAGAAGUCCCUGUAGACUCCUACGAGGAAGGCUCCGGACUUUCUAGGACCAUGCAAAAGCCGUUUGAAGGAUGGUCUUACAAUCGCCCAGUGGCAGGCCUCAAUGAUGGAGGUGGCAGCGUCAGAGACCCUGCUUUCGGCAGUAUCCCUGAAUAA